CUAACCCGGAAGUGCAGUGACAGCUCUUGUCAAAAAUCCUUCAUCCCUUUCGUCCAACUGCGAAACAAAGCUUGCCAGGAGGCUUUGGACAGACUCGCAGUACUGACACACCUACAGACAGAGAGACCUGACAGACAGAGUCCAGCUGGCUAGUUAUGGCAGCAGAAAGCAGAACAGAUGUGCAAGGUACUUUGAUCUAGUGCUUCGUAACGCCGGCCUAAGGGGAGGAGUCUGAACAGACUGUGUCCGAGGUGUGAGGGGUCCGUGGAGAUUUUACUCUCCCCCUUCCUGACCUUGGACCGGUAUAGGUCUUGGAUGGAGGGAAGGUCAGUAAAAAGGGUGCCCAUAGCUAUUUUGGAGUCUGCCGUUCUAUUGGAUUCUUUCCUCUGCUACUCUCCGCACGCCAGGUGUUCAGCUGGGAGCCAGCUUGACUGGUUAUUGGUCCAUCCCUCCUGCACACACCCCACACCUGGCUGGUGCUCCUGCCCCACUCAGGACCUUUGUCAAUCAACACCGGCAAUGUCCAGAGUCCCAAGUCCCCCACCCCCGGCAGAAAUGUCCAGCAGCCCUGUGGCAGAGAGCUGGUGUUACACUCAGAUCAAAGUGGUGAAGUUCUCCUACAUGUGGACCAUCAACAACUUCAGCUUCUGUCGUGAAGAGAUGGGAGAGGUCAUCAAAAGCUCCACUUUCUCAUCAGGAGCCAACGACAAACUCAAAUGGUGUUUGCGUGUGAAUCCUAAAGGUCUGGAUGAGGAGAGCAAAGACUAUUUAUCACUUUACCUACUCUUGGUUAGCUGCCCCAAAAGUGAAGUGCGUGCCAAGUUUAAGUUUUCUAUCCUGAAUGCCAAGGGAGAGGAAACCAAAGCCAUGGAGAGCCAGAGGGCAUAUCGUUUUGUCCAGGGGAAGGACUGGGGUUUCAAAAAGUUCAUAAGGAGGGACUUCCUGUUGGACGAGGCCAAUGGUCUGCUGCCUGAUGACAAACUCACCCUUUUUUGCGAGGUGAGUGUAGUGCAGGAGUCUGUGAACAUCUCAGGCCAGAACACUACAAACAUGGUGAAGGUUCCUGACUGCAGGUUGGCUGAGGAGCUGGGAGAUCUGUGGGAGAACUCCAGAUUCACAGACUGCUCACUGUGUGUCGCUGGCCAGAAGUUCCAGGCGCACAAAGCCAUACUAGCAGCCCGGUCGCCGGUGUUCAGUGCCAUGUUUGAGCAUGAGAUGGAAGAGAGCAAGAAGAACCGUGUGGAGAUAAAUGACGUGGAGCCAGAUGUCUUCAAAGAGAUGAUGUGCUUCAUCUACACAGGCAAGGCCCCCAACCUGGACAAGAUGGCUGAUGACCUGCUGGCUGCAGCUGACAAGUACGCUCUGGAGAGGCUGAAGGUGAUGUGCGAGGACGCUCUGUGCACGGGUCUGUCGGUGGAGAACGCCGCGGAGAUCCUGAUCCUCGCCGACCUGCACAGCGCCGACCAACUCAAAACGCAGGCCGUGGACUUCAUCAACUACCAUGCAGCUGAUGUGAUGGAGACGUCAGGUUGGAAGUCCAUGGUGAACUCUCACCCACACCUGGUGGCUGAGGCCUACCACUCCCUGGCCUCAGCGCAGUGCCCCUUCCUGGGUCCCCCGAGAAAACGGCUCAAACAGUCCUAGUGAUCUGGAGGGACUCUCCUGUCCAAACCCCGCUGUGUCCGUCUGUAUCAGCAACCUCACUGCUCCUCCCUUACAGUCCUCCUUUUGCUCCCGUAGCAUCCAGAGAUGCCCGACACUGACACUCAGGGCUUGGGUAGACAUAGUGAGGGGAGCUACCCAGCUGGGCAAAACAAUGGAUGACAGGACUCAUGCCAUAGAGGAGGUACCAGACAUUUCUGUAGGUUUGGAUUCUCUUACCUUUAUGAGAUCUGAACCUGAGUAUUUAUGGAUCGCGAGCCCAAAGCCUUGCACAUUCAGUGUCCUCUGAUCAUGAUUUUGAAAGGCUGGGACUUUAUUCUGCAGGUCACUCACGUAAAGGACUGAUCUUCUGGCUUCAAAGUGAAAAGUCAAUGCUAAGUCACUGAAAAUGUCAUUUUCAGGCAUAUUGUCUUGUACAGUGUUAAAGCCCAAACUGUGCUUAUUACAGGACAAGAGACGAGGAUCAGCCAACCGGGAAGAAAACCAUUGUUGAUGAUUUAAAUAGUAUUGGCAUCGUUUUCUAGGGCACAAACGUUUCUGUGGUAUGGAAGGUUUGAAUCUGACCAGUUUUUAUGUACAGGCCAGGAGGAACCUGUAUGAAUUGGGGCCAGUUGUAGCCCUAAACUAUUUGUCUUUGGUUCAUUUCAGAGUUGGGAUGAAUUUCUGCCAGAUCCGUAUGACGUGCAGUGUGAUGAACGGUAACAAUAUUUGUGUAAUCAAAUGAUUGAUCAACAGCGUUAGCACAAAAUAGAAAAAUCAUGAAACAGCAGUGUCUGCCUUCCUUCAGAAAAUAAAACUUUACACCUUCACCUUUAGCGUAUUCUCUGACUGAUGUCUUGCCCUCUAAAUCUGUAAAAUACAUCUGGUUUGAAUUUUC